AUGUCUGCAACCCAGUUACUCAAUCCCAAGGCGGAGUCCCGACGGAGAGGAGAAGCGCUCAAGGUGAACAUCAGCGCUGGAGAAGGUCUGCAGGAUGUGCUCAAGUCGAACCUUGGUCCCUCGGGGACAAUCAAGAUGCUUGUUGAUGGCGCUGGAGGGAUCAAACUCACCAAGGAUGGAAAUGUGCUCUUGAAAGAGAUGCAAAUUCAAAACCCUACUGCCGUCAUGAUUGCACGAGCCGCUACCGCACAAGAUGAUAUCACGGGCGAUGGAACAACGUCGGUUGUGCUUAUGGUGGGAGAGCUACUCAAGCAGGCAGACAGACACAUCUCUGAGGGUCUUCACCCAAGAGUUCUGACAGACGGCUUUGAAAUUGCCAAGAAUGAGACUAUCAACUUUCUGAACAACUUCAAGCUGGACCGGGAAAUCGACCGGGAAUUACUGUUGUCCGUCGCUCGUACAUCUCUCACUACGAAAUUAAACAAAGUCCUUGCCGAAAGCCUCACUCCAUCCAUCGUCGAUGCAGUUCUUGCCAUUCACCAUCCUCCGGAGAAGCCUGAUCUUCAUAUGAUAGAGAUUAUGAAGAUGCAACAUCGAAAUGCCUCCGACACUCAGUUGAUUCGGGGCCUCGCUUUGGACCACGGAGCACGACACCCGGACAUGCCUAAACGAGUGGAAAAUGCCUUCAUCUUGACUCUGAAUGUCAGUUUGGAGUAUGAGAAAUCCGAGAUCAACUCUGGGUUCUACUACUCGAGUGCCGAGCAAAGAGACAAACUGGUGGAAAGUGAACGUCGGUUCGUCGACGCCAAGCUUCAAAAAAUUGUGGAACUGAAGAAGGAGGUUUGCGGCAAUGAUCCUAAGAAGGGGUUCGUGGUCAUCAACCAGAAGGGUAUUGAUCCUUUGAGUCUGGAUGUUCUCGUGAAGAAUGGCAUCUUUGCGCUUCGCCGUGCUAAGCGACGGAACAUGGAACGACUUCAACUUGUGUGCGGCGGCAUUGCUCAAAACAGUGUCGAAGACCUCACCCCCGACGCACUUGGCUGGGCAGGUCUGGUCUACGAGCAUCAGCUUGGAGAAGAGAAAUACACUUUUGUUGAGGAAGUCAAGGACCCUAAAUCGGUGACGAUCCUCAUCAAAGGACCCAACCAACACACAAUUGCACAAUUGACAGACGCCGUCCGAGACGGUCUGCGAUCUGUUUACAACACAAUUGUUGACAACUGUGUGGUUCCCGGCGCAGGCUCUUUCCAAGUUGCCGCUGCCACCCACUUGUUAUCAAAUGAUUUCAAAAAGACCGUGAAGGGUAAAACUAGGUUUGGUGUCGAAGCCUUUGCAGCUGCUCUAGCUGUGAUCCCAAAGACUCUUGCCGCCAACUCUGGCCAUGACAUUCAGGACUCGCUUGCCAAGAUCCAAGAUGAGGUGAACCAAGGCAACGUGGCUGGGUUGGAUCUUGCCACUGGUGAGCCCAUGGAUCCGAUCCAACAGGGCGUCUUUGACUCUUACCGCGUGCUGCGGAAUUGCAUCUCCUCAAGCACCGGUAUUGCUUCCAACUUGCUACUAUGUGACGAAUUAUUGAAGGCCAGGCAAAUGGGCAGACAGGGUGGCCCUGGAGGAAUGGAGGAAUAA